GAGACAGGCAGGCAGGCAGGCUGGCGGACGGACGGACGGACUAAGGGAGGGAGCGAGAUCCGUAAAUAAACUUCAGGCGCUGGUGCCAGAGCACAGGCGGGUCAGUCAAUAUUGAUUGUCGUUAUCGCGUCUCGGAUUCUGGAAUACAAAAGAGAAAGCAAGACAAUGGCGGCUGGCACCCCGGCACAGCCGACGUCAGCUCCGCAGCGGCGCUUGGCAACACUCCCAUCAGGCACGGCUCAAAAUGGCGGCCGACGCGCUCUGCAUCUUGGCGGUGGUCUCUGUUCCUCUGGCUCUUUUGGCAGGGGUGGAAGGAGACAUCUGUUACAGCCAAACAGACUUCGAAAUCUGUAAAUAUGGUUGCUGCGGAAUUAACCAAUCAUAUUGCUGUGAUUUGAACGUCGGGGGCAUUGUUGGCGGUGUCAUCGGAGGCCUGCUGCUCAUCGUCAUUAUCGUCACCGUCGCUUGCUGUCUGGCAAAGAAGCAGGCGUAUCGGGGCCGGGUCAUCGGUGCUGCCACCAUCGCCGCCACUAGCAACGUGACGGUGGUACAAACAACCACCACGUCGGGUGUACAGCAGUACCCAGGCAUGUACUCCUACGGUCCAUUCGGAGGAAGUGCACCACCACCACCACCGUCACUACAACCACUCCCGUCCUACUACUCCAGCAGCAGCCAGGGAAUAGCCGCUCCCGCAAUGCCUGCCUACGCUUUUCCUCCCACCUACAGCACAGCACCAGGGUACACUCCCUUCGUCAAAGCCCCAAAUUACUAGUAGAGUUAGUCCCAAGGUCCAGCCAUCAGGUUAGCAGGAGAAGCAACAACAACAACAAUUAUUAUUAUUAUUUAUUGUUGAUUAAGAGAUACUGUAAUUAAUCUCUGGGAUGAACGUUGAUGGACUAAUCAAACUGUGAUAUGAUUAGUUACAAUCUCGCCACAAGGCGAAAUGGUAAUCACAUCGUGUGAACAAUCCUUAAGAUGACAGUUUAGUUUUUGCAUAUCCUCUAUAUAUUGUUGUGGUAAGUUUGUUUGCGCACCUGUCAGGAGGAUUGUCCCUCUUACCGUGUGACCAAGUAAGUGGCUAAUACAACAAUCCUCUGCUUUCCACACCUGGGAACUGAUCUCCCUUGUCCAACAGCAACAGAACUCGUUGGUUGAUUAUUUCAGUUUCUUGGUCACUUUCAAGUGUGCUCCCUGUCUCUUUCUCUUGUGUCUUCUUUUGUGUCCAUAAUUCUUGUUCAUGCACUGUUCACAAUUUCCAUCUCCAUUUUUUAUGGUUUAUAUUUUAUUGGAUUAAUGUACAUAAAAGAUAAUUCAUGUCCUUGUUUAGAAUGCAAUGUACAAUAUUUUUAUACAUAAAAGAUAAAAGCCGUCCCAGAACUCUUUUCAGGUAAAGUGGAACCUCGAUUAUCCGGUCCUUCAAUUAACAGUGCAUUUGGUUUUCUGAGAUGGCCUUAAAAAAAUCUAGACAUCACAAGACCGCCAAGAAUUUCAACUACAGGAAAGUACACUUCGUGUGACACACCUAAAUUUUCUUUCUUGAGCAGGAAGCGGAUUGAAAUUUUAGUGACAUCCUAAAACUUCCCAAACUCCGCAGGGCAAUAAAAUGGAAUCGCUGUAAGAAUACAAAGCAGCUCCUCCUGUCUGAUUUUUUUUCAAGAAAUAUACAAGAAAGUUAAGACUUUCACUGUACAACACCUAUUCUAGCAUUUGCGAAUUUUUAAAAUUAUUUUCGAUUAUUUGUGAUUUUUGAAGACGGGCGCCGGAACUGAGGUUCCACUGUAGUUGAGGUGUGAGUGUUAGAACCUUUUUUUUAAAAUUUUUUAUUCGGUGUCAAGUUUAUGUGAGGAUGGUGUCCAUCUUCUGGCCUUUGCUGCCUCCCCUGCCGCAGCCUCCUAUGGAGUCAGGUGGCCAUUCCCGACAGCUGGGUCGACUCGGCUGUCCGCUUUAGUGCAUCUUGUCUUUUUAACAGCUUUUACUACACAGUACAUGGUUAAUUCAUUCGAUGUUAAUAGUUUUGUUAUAAUGCUUUGGUAAACAUAUUGAACACUCAAAAUGCAACACUGAGUAGGUUAUCAAAGACUUUUUAUUUCUUAUUUCACACACACACGCACGAACAAACGCACGCACGCGGUAUUAAUAUUUUUAAGUGUCUUGUAAACUUUGCUGCUUUAUUAAUUGUGUUCUGUUUGACUUCUAAUGUCACUCAGUGAAAAAGUGUUAGGAGACACACACGCAUUUACGAACACGUACUCAAACUCACUCAUAAUUUCUCUUUUGUUUAUAAAUAUUUGUUAUGUUUGUGUGUCUCUUGGUAUCCUGGAGCAUAUCAUUAUUAGACUUUACCAAAGUUCUGAACUGUUGCCAUUAUUGUAGAUAAAAAAUGUUGUUUUUUAAAGUUACAAUUGAGUUAUAUCUUUCCACAUUCAUUUGUCUAUACAAAAUUCAUAAGAAAUAUCAACAUAUUUGUGAGCUGUGCUCUCGAUUGUGUGAACACAAUAUCUAAAUUCUAGUGGAAGGGGUAUUUUAAAGUAUAAUAAAUGUAUUUGUAAUAUUUGUUAUUGAUAAACUGUUUAUUUUACUAAAAAUCGUCUUAUUUUAACAAUAAAUCUACCAAAUUAUUGUUUGAUUUUUAAAAAUAAAAUCACUUGGAUUGCUAAUCGUACAACGUGUGAUGCUUUAACUGCGGUGACAGAAGAAAGGGCUUAAUUUAUAAAGUGUGACAAUGAAAAUAAAAUAAAAAGUGUGGAAGAAAGGUUUAAAAAGAACAAAAAGGAAUGACGGAACUAAGAAACACCGACCAACCGAACAAUGAAACGAGCGAACAAGCAAACGAAUUAGCGAUAGACAGAAGAGAUGAAAAUUAAAGCUUUGUGGAGUUUGAGAUUUCCCAAUAACCAGAAGAAGGAACAGUGUUUUCGAGGCCUCACUAUUGAAUAUCGCCGACCACCAAGACUGAAAGUAAUUCAU